GGAAUUAAUACGUAUAUAACACGACACACUUACACACUGAGUUUGCAUAUCUUUCUCUCUUGCUGGGUAUAGAAUUGUGUGAGCAUUGAUAGAAGCUAAGACUGCAAUGGCAACAAGAGAGAAAGAGAAAAGCUUGGAAGAAACAUCCACAUGGGCAGUUGCAAUUGUGUGCUUUGUUUUGGUUCUUAUUUCACUCCUUGUUGAACAUGGCCUUCAUCUUGUAGGAAAGUGGUUGAAGGGCAAAAACAAGAGAGCUUUGUUUGAAGCUCUUGAAAAAGUAAAAGCAGAGCUUAUGUUGAUGGGAUUUAUAUCCUUGCUUCUGACAAUAGGACAAGAACCCAUCUCACAAAUAUGUAUUUCAAAAAGCAUAGGAGCAACUUGGCAUCCCUGCCCUGGGAAAUCCAAGACUGAAUCAUCAGAAGAAGAGUCUGAAAAUGGUAACGGUCGUCGAAAACUUCUCCAGUUUCUAGAUUUCGGCUCAAGCCAUCGACGAAAUCUAGCAGAGUAUUAUGACCAAUGUGCAGAAAAUGGUCAAGUUGCUUUUGUAUCUGCUUAUGCUAUCCACCAGCUCCAUGUAUUCAUCUUUGUGUUGGCUAUUACUCAUAUUCUUUAUUGUAUCUUAACCCUGGCUCUGGGCAGAACCAAGAUGAGAAAAUGGAGGGUUUGGGAGGAUGAAACAAAGACAGUUGAAUACCAAUACUAUAAUGAUCCUGAGAGGUUCAGGUUUGCAAGAGAUACGUCAUUUGGGCGAAGGCAUUUACAUAAAUGGAGUGAAUCUUCAUUUUUCCUUUGGAUAGUGUGUUUUUUCCGACAAUUUUUGGGGUCAAUAACCAAGGUUGAUUACAUGACAUUAAGGCAUGGAUUUAUCACGGCACAUUUGGCUCCUGGAAGUGGAACAAGAUUCAACUUCCAGAAAUACAUUAGCAGAUCACUCGAAGAGGAUUUCGUAGUUGUGGUGGGAAUCACUCCACUCAUAUGGUUCAUUGCAGUGUUGUUCCUCCUUACAAAUACACAUGGAUGGCACGCCUCCCUUUGGUUACCAUUUCUUCCAUUAAUUGUAAUUCUCUUGGUAGGGGCAAAGCUACAAGUCAUUAUAACCAAAAUGGGAUUGAGGAUUCAACACAGAGGGGAUGUUGUGAAGGGUGCACCUUUGGUUGAACCAGGCGACGACCUUUUCUGGUUCGGUCGCCCUCGCUUUCUUCUCUUUCUCAUCCAUCUUGUUCUAUUUCAGAAUGCAUUCCAACUUGCCUUCUUCGCUUUUAGUUGGUAUAAAUUUGGCUUGAAAUCUUGCUUCCACCAUAAAAAUAAAGAUAUUGCCAUUAGAAUAUCAAUGGGGAUCUUGAUACAGAUUCUGUGCAGCUAUGUGACUCUUCCCCUCUAUGCUUUGGUGACACAGAUGGGAUCUAAUAUGAGACCAACGAUCUUCAACGAUCGAGUGGCAGCAGCAUUGAAGAAUUGGCACCACACCGCAAAGAAGCAUACUAAACACAGCAAGCAUCCUGAAAGUCACUCACCAAUGUCAAGCAGGCCAACAACUCCUACUCAUGGCAUGUCGCCCAUGCAUCUCCUGCAAAAUUACCGCAGCAGUACUGCUGUCGAUAGCUAUCACGCGUCUCCAACUCAUCCUAACUACUAUGACAGUGAGAAUUGGGAUCCUGAAGCUCCUUCACCGCGCACACCUCCGUCUCCUCCUCGCCAUAACAAACAAUCACAAAAUACUCAGCCUGUUGAUGUUGAGGAACUAGAGAUGUCUACUCAUGAGCCAAGCUCCACACAACUGCCUCCUGCUCCACACCCCAUUCGGACUCAACAUGACAUCCGUGUACAUUCAUCAGAUUUCUCCUUCGAGAAAAGGGAGGAAAUGUAAAUUUUUAUAUGUAAAUCUCUUAUGCAUCUAAAGUUUCAAGGAUGACUUUGAACACCUUAGGUUGCUGAUACUGGACUAUGGGGUUGAAAGCUUUUUCUUUGGGCAGCAGUUGCUGUCUUUGUAACUUGUAAUGGAGUUCCAUAUAUUGAAUCUAUAUCCUUCAUUUUAUAAGCAAAA